UAUAAGGAAGCCUUGACCUCUCAUGCCGGUUCCAAUGCCAACUAUGCUUGGGCGCCGACAAACGCAGAGUGGGACAUGUAUGACCUUAUCUCUCCAUUACUUGAGAGUUUGGCUGAGGUGACAAAUGCAUUUUCAGGAAGUUUAUAUCCCACUUCGAACAUCUUCUAUCCAUACAUUGUUGGUGUCAAGCUUGCAAUCAAACGUGCAAUGACUAGUGAUAGUGACCACUACAAGGAAAUGGGUGAAGCAAUGUUGGAGAAGUUUGACAAAUAUUGGGAAGAAAAGAACAAUGCCAUGGUGAUCGCAACCGUCUUUGAUCCACGGUACAAGAUGAAUUACAUAGAGUGGGCCUUUGGAGAACUAUAUGGAGUAGGAAGUACGAGGUGUAGGACUGAGAUGAAAAUCGUGGAGAAAGAGUUGGCGACCUUGUAUGACAAAUGUGUUUCCCAAGAUAAGCGAGCUGGAAAUGGAGAAAGUGUAUCUUCCUCUAUAAACAUUCCUAGUAUCCCGGUUCAAGCUGGGUAUGAGUCCUUCUUAUCGUCCCGUUCAACAAGAAUAUCAAAAAGUGAGUUGAGGAACUACUUAGAGGAUGCGGUUGAACCUCGCAACAAGGCUCUUGAUCUUCUUGGUUGGUGGAAAGUCAAUGCUCCUAGGUACCCAAUUAUGGCCAAGAUAGCCAGGAGGUUCCUUACUAUCCCGGCUACCUCCGUGUCUUCAGAAUCUACCUUCAGCACGACCGGAAGGAUUUUAGAUGACUACAGGAGUUCGUUAAAACCGGUUAUGGUGGAGGCAUUAGUUUGUGGUGCAAGUUAUAUAAAGGGUGCUCACGUUGACUUGAAUCUGGUGCCGAGGGAUGAGAAUGAAGAGGAUGAUGUUGAAACCAUCAAGUUACCCAUCGUGGAGGAGAUCAACGAUUGACACUCAUCAUGUGGAUGUUGAUCUUGAUCUUGCUAUUUUGGAGACGAAUGUCAAAGUGAUCUUUCUCAUGGGAAGGCUACUUUUGCAUUUGGGUUAUGUUCGAACUUGUCAAGUCAUGAACUGUGAAAUGUCACAACUAGCUUGGAGAUGAACCUCUCAUUUGUGUUAUGUUCAACUUGCCAAUUGACAUGGACUUGAAAUUGUCAUUGCAAGUUUGUAAUCGUGUCGUUCAAUGAUGAUAAGACAUUAUGUUUGUGGA